AUGAAUCACGGCGAAGCUAGGAACGACGGUAGCUAUAGUGGUUCUCGGGGACAUUCUCCGGCGUCUGGGCACAGAGGUUACCGUCGGAAAAGCGAAACUCCGGUUAUAGUUGAUAAGUCUUUGAAUGAACCUUCUGGUAAUAGGAGUAGGGGAUUUCAAGGGAGAGGAAGAGGUACAAUAUCAUGCUACCCUAAAAAUAGUUCCGGGUUUGGCAAAUAUGAACAUAGUCCAGUGCAAUCGUGGGUUGAGAAGCCAUUACAAGUUUCCAAUGUGGAUUGUGUGGAAAAGAGAGGUCAAAAGCAUGGAAUAGGUUCUACUAAGCAACCUGAUGAAGUUGCUGCUGCUUUGAAGAAUUCUGGAGAUAACAAGGAUCUUAUGAAAUCAUCUGCUUCGUCUAGUCCAAAUAACAGAAAUCGUAGUGGAGGUUCGUUUGUAUCUAGAGGACGGGAUGGCGCUGGAAUGCGUUGUGGUCUUGUGAAUCAAAUGAAAUAUGUUUCGUUGUCUUGCAAGGACUCUGUGUCUACUACAAGUGAUCAGAAGGUUGAGCAUUCUAGUGUUGAAGAUCAUAAUAGUGUUCACAAGUCUGUGGAUGCUGGGAACUCUUCAAAUGAAAGCAACGCAAGACUUUUUGAUAUCGUCCUCGAGAAGAAGGUGCUGAGAUUAAAGCCCAACUUGUUGGAACUGAACAGAGAAAAGAAGAAAGCAAGUAAAGGGUACACUGGAAUUGUCAUUAGACCUGGAAUGGUACAUCUUAAGAACUACUUGUCAAUCAAUGAUCAAGUGAUGAUUGUGAACAAAUGUCGUCAGCUGGGUUUGGGUGAAGGCGGCUUCUAUCAACCAGGUUACCGGGAUGGAGCGUUAUUGCAUUUGAAAAUGAUGUGCUUGGGGAAAAACUGGGACCCUGAAACAUCUCGUUAUGGAGAAACUCGUCCAGCUGAUGGUUCUACUCCGCCAAAAAUUCCUGUUGAAUUCAGUCAGCUUGUUGAGAAAUCAAUCAAAGAAUCACAGUCUCUAAUUGCUACAUCUUCAAAGAAUACGAAGGGAGAAGAUGAGAUACCGUUUAUGUCACCAGACAUCUGUAUUGCUAACUUCUACACAACCACAGGGAGACUUGGUCUCCAUCAGGACAAAGAUGAGAGUAAAAAUUCCAUUCGGAAAGGAUUACCUGUUGUUUCGUUUUCUAUUGGAGAUUCAGCAGAGUUCUUAUAUGGUGAUCAGAGGGAUGAUGAGAAUGCAGAUGAGGUAGUGUUGGAGUCUGGAGAUGUUCUAAUAUUUGGUGGAAAAUCUCGAAAUGUCUUUCAUGGUGUGAGAGCAAUUCAUACAGAUACUGCCCCCAAGGUUCUUGUCCAGGAAACAAGUCUACGACCAGGUCGUCUGAAUUUGACCUUUAGGCAGUAUUAG